AUGGAGGAGGAGAGAAAGGCUCUCUUGGAGGCCCGCAGGGCAAGGCUCGCUGCCUUAAUGGCCCGUAUGGAACAGGUAAGUAAGCAAACUGUUUUGAAAGGGUAAUAUUGGUUUGAAAGGCCUAAGAUGGUUAAAUUAUACUAUUCAGAAACGUAGUUUCAGUUUAAUGGAGUUAGUUGAAUAAAGUGAAGUUUGCUCUGGCUCAACACGGAAACAUGUCGGACCAUCGCCAUUGUUGAUUUUCUUGGCCUACCUGUUCAGAGGAUGAGAGGUCAGACGGUGUUUCUCUCAGUUCAUAGAAAACUGGUGUUUUGCUGUUCAAAAAGUUAAUUUUCAGUCUAUGGGUAUUAUAGAUUUACCCACCAUGACUUUGUUGUUGGUUUAUUUGAAGAUUGUCUUCCUGAAAACAUCUGAAUAUUUAUUCUUUUUUGUUUGUUCUUUAUGUUAUGUGCUUAUAAACUAAACCAAAGAUGUGUUGUCCUGUUUUAGUUCUUUAAAUGUCAGAUGAAAUGUUCAGGAUGUUUUACUGUAGCUACUGUUGUACUUCUGUUUCCUGUUCUGCUUCUGUCUGCCAUAAAAUACUGUCACUGUGGCCUGCAGCAUGCACUAGUGUCGUGGAUCACAGAGCUUCACUAACCCUGAGAAGUAAAACUAAAAGAAGUUAAAGACGAGUUUCUGCAUUUAUAUCAGUAUGAAACAGGGAAACAGGUUGUAGGUAUAAACUCUAGUGUUUCUGCUUUAAAAAAGGUUUAACAUCGUGUGUUCUGGAUGUUUUGUACAGUAUAACUGUCUGAUCAGUCUGCUACUCUUAAGCUUUCAUUACAGUGUUCAUGUCAUUGAAUACUGAGGAAAAUGAGCAGUAAGACCUCUAUGUGUUUGUUUUGCAGCGACGUGAAUUAAUGGAGACAAGAGUCCACAGAGAGUCUGUGGAGGAGCCUGUUGAUCUUCUGAGGCACCUAAAACAGUAAGUCAUUAAAUGUGAACUUGAAUAACAGUUAUUGAUUCAAGACAAUGUUGCAAAAACACACAAUGUUUUUUCUGUUUUUGAACUUUUUUUUUUCCUUUUAACUGCCUCCAUUUUGUCACAUUUGUCUUAUUACAGUGACACUCAUUACUGGUAACACUGAGUUCCUCCAACAGAAGAUAAAUAAUUAAAACAGUUUAAUUAAGUUUAGUUUAUUUGUUUGCUUCAUAUUUAAAAAAGGGAAACACAAUCGAUUAAUAAUUUACAACAGAGUGCAGAGAGGGAAGGGAAGUCUUAUACAAAGUCCUAAAUACAUUUAAGUAUUACAAAUAAAAACAUGGGAAAAAAAUAAAAAGUAAAAAAUAAGAGAGUCAAUGUAAGUAGCAGAUCCGAUUACCGAUUAUUUUAAAAAAUUUUAAAAAUCUGCUGAUUAAAGGCAGAAAGUUCCUGUGAGUUGGAGUGAGAAAUCUAAAAAAUUUCUUUCAUAUGUUGAGCAGCUUAGAAAGGUUGGAAGAACAGGAAGAACCCCAGACAAUGUUACAAUAAUUAAGAUAAGCAAAUAUCAAACUAAUAUAUCGUUAGAUGGGAAGAUGGAUGAAUAGAUUUAUAAACUUUUAACAAAAUACCAAGCAUUUUUAGAGGUCUUCUGCAGAAAAGGUUUUUUUUAUAUUUUUCCGAGUUAAAUUCUCAAUUCAUUCAAUGUGCUUCCAUUUAGAAAGACUAUUUGCUCUCUUUUCUCAUAUUAAUUGGAUAACUAUAGAAGGGUUACAUCCUGGAUCCCAUAUCUGUUGAGUUAGGGGAUUAAGAUCGAAUUCUUGACUGUAUCAAGUGCUUAGGAUAGAUCUAAAAACACACCAAGAGCGAAUUUUAUUUUAUUUAGAGCAGUGAAGAUGUUACUGGUGAGAUGUAGUAAUGCAUUCUCUGAAGAGUACUUCCUUUUAAAGCCAUAUUGAUGGUUAUACAAAAUGUUAUUCACAGUUAAAAGAUUGUUGUGUACACUAGUCUCUCUAGGAUUUUUGAGAAACAGGAGGGAAUAUAUAUUGGGCGAUAAUUACCAAAUUUUCAUGUCUGGCUUUAAUUUAAUUUUUAAUGUCAGUGAUCUUUUUAAGUUAUAAAGUUCAGAGACAACCUUCCCUCAUGAAAAUGCCAUAACAAACAUCCAAAUGUUUCAGAUUUGAUUCAUAUUUCAUGACAUAAUUAAUAACCCUGAUGAUCUCUUUUGGUUUAUUUCUUGACGUGAAUCCUGCUAAUUGUUAAUUUAAUGAUGAGGAAUAACCAUGAUGGUGGGCUUCUGUUGCAGAGAUGACUCGACCUUCAUUGCAAGGAGGAAGAAAAUGGAGACGAAGUGGCCACAUAUUGAUUUAAAUUACGACUUUGAUCCAAUGUAAGUGAUUUUAAAAAGGUUGAUCACAAACACACAGAACUGUGAGUUUAAAACCCAGGUACAUACCAAACCAUGACUUUGGUGAACUGCUACACCCCUACUGUCCAGACAAACAUCUCCAGAAUAACCUCAAAGGUACUGCAGACUCCAGGGACCUGCAGAGAGAAAAGUCGAGCCCAACAAAUAACAAGAUGGUCAUAUUGAGUUAACAUAUAAUUAUACUCUCUCCUUUCUCUCCCACACGUUAUUUUGUGCUGCAGUCCAAGAUUCAUGUUUAAAGAGAAAAUAAAGAAAAGAGAGAGAGCAGAAAGGCAUGAAGCAGCCAUCACUGACCACCUCCCAAACUCUAUGUGAGUAAAAUCAUUUUAUUCUUCAAACAGCAAAUGAACAAAGUUGUGAACAUAAAUUUAGCUGUAGGGAUUUAAUGUCACUUUGACAUAUUUAUGGAUUUCAGUAUUGUUUAUAUUGUGAAUAUGUCCUGAAACAUCUACCCUCAAAAAUUGUUCUAUUUGAAUAACAGCGUCCGCUAAAUGACACUGAAACAUUUUGGCCCAGGAUCAUAUUUUCUACAAUGGAGUUUGAUUUUCAUGUUUAAAGUCAGUUAUUCAACGAGAACAAAAAUGGACCUUUACUAGACUGAUACUCUUUGGUAGUUUGUCCCGCUUUGUGGUGGUUUCAUCACUUUCAUCUCUUCCUCUUUUUCUACCAAGCUCACCUGAAGGCAGUCAAAUCUCAGGUCCGUCUGAUUUGUCCUUCAAGAGUGACGAGUCAAAAGACCUCAUAAUCAGAUUCAGGUAGGAGUUUACCGACAUUUAAGUGCCAUAUUCAUAACAACUAUGUAUGUAUGUGUGUUUCUAUCUAUCUAUACAAAUAGAUAAUUGUAUAUACAUUUUUCCUAUAACUGCAUCUCUUCUUGCAGCCAUCUGCUGAUUGAGUCCACGGAGACAGCGAUGAAAAGUGCAGAAAGAAAUGAAAAAGCUGUUAUUGAGUACCUCUCAAACAACUGGUCAGUGAAGACUGUGACUUGAAGUUUGAAUUUUAUACAGUAUAUAUAUAUGUACUGAUGCUACAUCAUUAUGUUUGUGUGUAGAGUAGAUGCUGUGGUUUAAUACCUACUCAGUCUCUCUUUCUCUUGUUUUACCAAACUCAGUCACUGUGGCCAAAGGUCAAAUUCAUCUGAUUCAUCCUCUGAGAGCGAUUCAGGAUAUGAAGUGCGUAACUCCAAAAAGAAAGAAAAAUGCACCUGUCUCAAGUAAGUGUUUACAAAGACUGAAGUGUCACUUUGGCAGUGAGGUUAAGCAAAAACACUUUUUGUCUUCAAACUCACCCAGUAAAUCGAUCUGAUCGAUCCAUCAGAAAACAGUAUUGAAUUUCUUUGUCUCAUAUGAAGAAUUAAAUGCAGCCUUCCUCCUUAGAUAAAUACAUAUUAUAAAUCCAGUUUUCUUUUUGUACACCCAAAACUGUGUCCUCACAUGGUGGAGUUAAAUGAGAUGAUCUUGAAGAGAAAAAGCUUUUUCUUAGACUGAAAUGUUGCCGAAGUUUUAGAUAUCAAGUAAAACGACAAACUGAGUUCAUGCUUAUUCCACAAUCUGUUGUGUUCUGUUGGUUAUCUUUUUAUAAAAAUAUAUGUAUUUUUAGACAAAAAACAUCAUGACGUUGUUCUUCUUGUUGCAGCAAUCUACUCCUCAAGUCUGCACAGGAAGAAAGGAAAAGAGCUGAAAACUAUGCAGUUGAUACUAUGAAGCUCAUUUUACAGAGGUGAUGAGUGAGACAAGUACAGUUGAGGCCAAAAUUAUUAGCCCCCCUAUGAAAUUUGAAGUUUUUUUUCCAAAAUUUCCCAAUUGCUGUUCAACAGAUUACUGAUUUUUUACACAGCUUUUCCAAACAUCCUAGUUUUAUUUUGGAUCAUUACAUUAUUUUACUUUGCACACAGAAACAAAAUUAUUUCACAAAAACCCCAAAACUACCAGGGUCAAAAUGAUUAGCCCCCCUGAGAAUUGAUGUUUUUAUUGAGCCAAAACAAAAAAAUCAUGUGCUUUCACUCUUGAGUGCUCACAGCUUGUCAUCAAUCAAACAAUUAAUUGAAAACAAAGAGUUGUCCUACACUUUACACACAGAAUAAACCUUGUUACGUGUUUGAGUUGUCACUUGAGAAGGCAUUGUGGCAAAAACAAAAGAUUUCAGUUUAGACUUAAGAAAAAGAACUGUUGAUGCUCACAAAGCAGGAGAAGGAUAUAAAAAGUUAUCACAGUGUUUCCAAGUAUCAAGAGGUGGAGUGAGAAGUAUGUGAAAGUAUGUUUCAAAGAAACUGGAACGAAAACUGGUGAGAGCUGUGUCUAAACAACCUAGAACAGCUACCAAAACGGUAGUUGCUGACUUAGCCAAGUCGGGAAUUGUGGUGUCAAACAAGACGGUCUGUAGAGCCCUGAACAUAAAUGGACUGUGAGGAUGCAGGCCAUGAAAAACUCCACUUCUACAAAAGAGACACCUUCAAACCAGACUGAGGUAUGCUAAGGACAAUCUUGAGAAAGAUUGUGCAUACUGGAGACGUGUUCUUUGGUCGGAUGAGACCAAACUAGAGCUCUUUGGUCACAGAGACAUUGCUUAUUUUUGGAAAAAGAAUGGGGAGGUGUAUAACCCUAAGAACACUGUCCCCACAGUUAAACACGGUGGUCAGAGUAUCAUGCUGUGGGGAUGUUUCGGUGCAUCUGGAAAUUAGAAUCUUGUCAAGGUUGAAGAAAUAAUGAAGAAAGAAGGAUAUGUGAAGAUUUUGAAAGAAAACCUCAAGGAGUCAGCAGCAAAGCUGGGUCUGGGUCGUCCCUUUGUCUUCCAACAUGACAAUGACCCAAAAGAUACAGCGCUCCUGGUGAGGAGCUGCCUCCAGGAAACCAAAGUGAACAUUAUUGACUGGCCCGCACAAAGUCUUGACUUAAAUCCUAUUGAAAAUCUCUGGGCUGCAAUGAAGACCAGGGUCCAUGCUAGAAGACCAUCAGAUCUGGAGGAGUUUGAAAGAUUUGCCAAAGAGGAAUUGGCUGGGAUUCCUCAGGAGAUAUGCCAGAGCCUUGUUACAAACUACAGCAAACGACUGCAUGCUCCUAUACGACAGAGAGGACACAAAAUUGACUAUUAGCCUCAGGGGGAAUAAUAAUUAUGACCCUGGUAGUUUUGUUUCUGUGUGCAAAGUAAAAUAACGUAAUGAUCCAAAAUAAAACUAGGAUGUCUAAAAAGCUGUGUAAAAAAACGGGGGGCUAAUAAUUUUGGCCACAACUGUACAUGCAAUGUCCAUCAUGUUGUUUUUAAUCCUGAAUAUAGAGUCAAAAUUAUUUUAAACCAUCUUAAACUUUGUUUUUUUUUCAUCAUUAUCGUAGCAUCCUAACAUUUUGGGUUGUAUAUCUAUUAUGAUGGGUCACACAGUUGACAUGUUAAAUCUUAUUUGUUAUUCUAAGUGGCUCAAAAAAUCUCGUUAUAAAUCAGAUGCAAGAUUUUCUCUGAUACUCCAGGAUUCAGGCUGAUCAAAAUGAGCUUUCUCUGGACUGAUCCUGCUCUGUGGGUUUUGUCCAGCAGUCGUGGACCUAAAUCUUAUGAGCUUCUCUUCUCUAAACUCAUCUCUAGCAGCCGGUGCACCUCAUCUGGAUCUGCCUCUCAGAGCGAUCGCUCAAAAGAUGUGACAACCGAUUUUAAGAAGGCAGAAACACGCUCUCUGCAGUAAGUGUUGAUCAAAACUUUUCUCUUUAAAAAUGACGUUUAUGUGAGUUCAGGACUCACGAACACACAGAAACAGUUUGAGUUAAAUAUGAACUCUUAAUUAAAAGAGUUUGAAGUGAUCCUGAGUGGUUUUUCUAAACUAAACAGCAAGGACCUGCACUCAUCUUUCGUCGUCUGUCUCAUCGACAAAGUUCCCGCUAUGCUCUUUGUAGAUACUUAAUUCUGAUUGACUAUUGCAGUGAAAGAUCAGUUUUCAAAUCAGUGUAAAACAGCCUAGGAUGAGUGACCAUAAUAACAGCCCCAAAUUCUGCCAGAAGAAAGAAAGUUAUUCUACACUCUGUUGGGUUUGCUGUUAAUGUUGAAUUUAGUUCUGAUUAAGUGAAUUUCUUGUUGUAGGGAUGGAAAUAUGGACAAACAGAAAAUGGAGCAAAUUGCGAAAUGGUGUGAAGCAGCUGGUAACGCCCAGAUCCAAGCCCAGCUGUGAGUGAAACUACAUUAUUUUAUUAUUGUUUUUCUGGAAUGGAUUUGAUGAAGUUUUAAACUUUAUUUUAGUUUCAUUAGCACUGUUGGUGCGAAGUGAACCCUAAGUUCUCUUUCAUAGUCAUACUCGAUACUCGAUGUCUCACUAUGGGAUGCACGCCUCGCUGCAGCCCUCAGAAGCAUUUAUCUCAUUACACCCAUCCUGAUUGGCUGGUGAACGUGUCUGUCCGCCCUGGGUAGUCCCACCUACCAUAAACACCUCAUGCAGACGGCACCACCUCAUUUAAACACCUCUUUUCACUCAGAGCAUAUGUCCUGACCAGGGCUAGCCAGCUAAAUUGUCCACAGGCGGAUCUAAUUCAGCUUCUGUCGCUGGGUGCUACUAGCCUUGGAUACUUUUCUGCUUCAACGAUCACAUCAGAUCAAUUCCAGUGCUCCCAUGCCCCUCCAUGGCUUGGUUAGCACUGUUCUCGGAGCCCCACCACGGUUUUUUCAGGCACCAAGCAUUAGCAUACCAGCUAACUUGGCUUUUUUGCAGUUAGCACACCAGCUAACUCCACCAGUUUGCGAUGAAUGGAGGUUACUAUCCCUCACACCAGAGGGCACAGAGACUCUGGUGCCAGGCGCUGUAGCCGCGGGAAUAAGAUUAAAAAGAAGAAUAAGAAUUAAAAAAAUACUGGAUGUCAAUUUUCUGUUUGUGUGUUUUCUGCAGUUUCUUAAGUUGGACGUCGAACGAUCUGAAUUUUUUUCACUCUUUUCCCAAACACAGUGAUGAUGACAGCCAAGCGUCUGAUUCAGCUGCUUCGUCCAAAGGAAGUGAAAGGUAAAAAGAGCAAGGCUGUGAUUUCAGAGUAAACUCUGUCAUAUGAGAUUUUACCAAGUCACUUUGGUGAUUCAGUUUGUUGAUACCCUCACACACAACAUUGUAAAAUAGUGUGUAAUAUAUCUUGUUAAGGAAAUGCCAUGCUGGUCUCGAGGGUCCAGGUCACAGAUUUUUGUGCAUCUGUCUUUGAAUUAGCCUCAGGAGUUGAUCCACUACAGCCUCAUUGAGUUUUUAAUGAGGGCUCAUAGUGUACUGUUGAUGUUGUAUAGCUCCAAGUACUGCAAAUAUCAGUGUGUUUGGCAUUGAGUCGUAGGCUUUCUUUUAGUCAGUCCAAACAGUGCACAGGUUUGUACUUCUGCUCUUACAGUCACAGUGACUGCCCUGUUAGCCAGCAGCUGGUGUUUGGCUCCUCUGGCCUUAUUGACAGGGCCUGUCUGUGCCCUACUCAUGUAUCGAUUUACACGCCCACUGUACAAUGAUGCCUGACAGGAGACUGGCAGUUGGAUGGUGCUGCUCUCUUCUGGGGGUCCUUCAUGAUGAGGACUGUCUGGCCUCAACUCAAGUCUCCAGGGGCAAUUUGAGGUCUACUUUAGUGAUCUUUUGUCAUCAGCUGCUGUUGGGGUUUGAUUUCUACAAAUUCUCUUUCUCUGUCUACGGUUAGGCAAAAAGGGUCCAUGUACGACAGAGAGAGGUUGAUGCUCGAGAGAGAAAGGUUGAUGUUCGAGAGAGAGAAGUUGAUGUUCGACAGAGAGAAGUUCAUGUCAACCAAAAAGAGGUUUGUGUUUGUCAUUUUUUUAAGUUGCUUUCAUUGUCAGCUCCCAUGUACACACAGGUUUCCCUAUAUGGUAUUAUUUUGUCAACAUUAAAACACACACACAUUUGUGCUAUAGACGUAACGUCCAUGUAUGUCUGAUUAUAUUUAAUGAGUCUCAUCGGUGUGUUCACACAGGUGUCCUGUAAUUUCUGCAAAUGUAAUUCUCAGUUUCUUCUCCUAGUCUGUCCUGUGAUUUAGAGAGCAGAAGGUCACAGUGACACACUCAGGACUUUGUUGUCACGCCAGAAAACGACACACUAUAUGGUGGAUUCAACCAGUUAUUUUUCUUUUUCAUGUCAUAUAAAAAAAUCAAUAGUAAUAAACAAUAUCAAUAUAAAUACUCACUGUAAACUAGAGAACAAACAAUCCUGUUUCCAGAGCAGUGGGGACUCCAUAUGUAUUUUUGAAAGGUCACUUAUGAUACGAUACACUUUAUUGUCCCCUUAAGGAAAUUUGUCUUGGACUCCAAGAGCUGCACAUAUAAUGCUGCUAAUUGAUAACACAAAGUAUUUGACCUAACAAAGACACAAUCACAUAACCCAGGCAUAUUGUUAGUUAUCUUUAUUGCACAUACCCACAAUGCACAACAAUCUCACAUAAAUGGUAACAAGAAACAUAAAUAACUAGAACAGCACUCGGAGAGCGCAGACCUCCGCCAAGCAGUUCAUGUCCCCCCUUAUAUUGUGAUUCACACCAAAACGUUUACUGUUACGUGUCUUUUAAAAGUCUUGUAAAGUUGCUAACAGACAAACAAACAAACAAACCAAUGCUACCGAAAACAUAACCUCCUUGGUGGAGGUAACAAUGACAAAGAAUAAGAUACAGCAAGGUGAGAUAAAAGGAAAUGAUAAGAAUAAACCAUGACAUUAUUGUACAAUCCGGCUACAUUUUCAGGAAACAUAAAUUGAACACCUAAUUGAGGUGGGCACGAAUGACUUUUUAAAACGAUUCCUGUCUAUUCAGAAAAAUAUCCCAUUAAUGCAGAGUUUUUAUUUGUUUGUUAGUCAGCUAAUACUCAAAGAAAAAGAACACUUUCACUGGCCGAUCAUUUUUCAAGUUUGUGUGUUAUCUGCAGAUGUUGAAGUUGGAUGUCUAACAAUCUGAUCUUUCUCACUUUUUUACCUAAAUCAGUGAUUCAGCUGCUCCAACUCCUGAAACACCAGGUUCGAAAGAGCAAGGUUUUGAUUUCAGAGGAACCUCAGCAACCAUGUAAGCUAUUUUAGAUAUUACUGCAGUCAUUUUUUGUUUGCAGACUUCACACACAGCCUGGGUGAAAUAGACGACCAUGUGAACAUGAAUAAAACUCAUAAGGAAAUGUCAUGCUGCUCCAGAGAGUCCAGAUCGCCCGUUUUUUGUGAACCUCUGGUCCACCACCUCUCUGUCACCUUCAGCCACCAUGAAAGUUUAGUUUCAUCUUUAAAGUGUUUGGAGCUUUGAACCCUGUUACACUGAUCUGUUCUCUAAUUGGGAACAAAUCCAGUGUAAUUCAAGGACAAAGCCUUUUCUCCUGGUAUGUUUGAAUAACUUUAAAAUGUUGGACACUUUGCAGAUUUUAGAUCCAGUGUUUUAUUUUAAAUCAUCUUUGGGUUUGCUCUUGAUAUUUUACCCCUCACUGAAGAAGGAUCACCAUAACAAUGUUUCUUUAAUUACAGGAACAACAAAACUUUAUUCAAGCUGAGAUCUCCUGUAAAGUCUGGAGAGGAGUCAGGCUACUCUUCACUCUUUGGGUGAGUGAAAUGUGUUUACAACAAUUUUCUUCUAGACAGUUUUUUGUAGUUUUUGAUUACUAUGAAUACAUGGAUCAUAAAUUACAGGAGCAGUUUUUUGGUAAUUCCUUGGAUCAGUUUCCUCUCUGUAAAACGUGCUCUCUAGGACAAGGAUGGAUCUCUGCUGUCAGUCAUUAUUAUUGUUUAUAGGUUUGUAUCAAAGCUGUCAGCUUUAACAUGUUAAUAGUUGUGUAACUUUAGUCCAAAUCUGAUGAAUGAGUCCUUCACAGCAGUCUCCUCCCCCUGAGUCAUGCUGUCAGACCUCAUUGGUGCAGCCGUGUGACAUUUAUUUGAAUAUUAAAUCUAUAAAAACAAGAUCAAUUAUUUCAGCUGAUUGCAGUUAUUUAAAGGACCUGGUAAGAACUGCUUCACAUAUUUAAUAUGGAUAUUAACGCUGUUUUGAAACGCAAAAUAAUGGUGUUAUAGACAUGAAAUGAGCCUUUAAAAUGAACACUUUGUCCAGUUCAACAGAGUAUCAACAACAUCUGUUUCUUCAUGACACUCACUUUAUUACAUAUUUAAAAUUAGGCAGCUUUGUAUUAAAAUGUCUGUUUUUAUACAAAUGAAGUGAAAUGAUUGUUCCUUUUUUCCUAAUGCAGGGAUGAUGAGGAUGACGAUUUGUACGGAUGA